UCGGGAGGUCUCUCAAAACGACCAUCGAGCAGAACUCACAGCCGCGUUCGCGUUGUCCGCUUCAUCUAUCGGCAGCUGGAAGGGACCAACUACAAAUAUCAGGCACCAGCUAGGUCGUCCGUCGCUCACAACCUUCUAAAUGUCCUUAAGCUACGAAAAGUUGACCAAUGCUAUAGAUUCCGAUGCGGCUAUUGCCCCUACACUCAGCCCGCGGAAAAGAGACAGCUGAUCCGCCAUUUUAGCCUGCCUUCCACCCCAUAGCAACAGUCGUUUUUGACCGGGAUAGCAAGCUCGGAACGGCCUCCUCCCGCAACCUUCAACUCAACACCGUCCAAGUCUCAGCAACUGGAGAGGGCUUAACAGCAGCGUUGCCAGCGCCCUUGAAGAUGGCUUCCCCUGAUCUUAAGGUCGACAAUGAUGAGCAUGGAGUCUUUGCGAAUGACGAGCUUUCCGGUUUGGAUUCGGCUUUGUCGGCCCAUGAAUCGGCUUACCAGUCGUUACCGGACGCCAAAACCAAAAUGUGCUUCGAACACAUCCCCGCCUUCCCGCAAUUAGCUCAGCCCUCGGCGUUCUCGCAGGUUACUCAACCCGACGAAGAGCAGCUUGCCUUUGCAGAACGACUUCUCCCUCCUUCGCCUCCAUCGCACUGUUCCACCCUCUGUUUCGGACAGGAACCCAGCUCCAAAUUUGAGUUCAAGCGUUGCGUCAAUGCGAUCUGGACACUGGCCUCUCUGCUGCUGCCAAGCCCGCUAUCCGAGGCCCCCUCAGAUUACGAGAUGAUUCACAUUGAGGCCUAUAUCGUCUCUAUCAAUAGCAAGGUUACAUUCAAGCUAACGGGCAAGACGAUCGACACACUUAUCGAGUACUACAAGAGUAUUCGGCCUUUCGAGGGGCAGCAGCCUGAGUGCCAUGAGCUGCACGAGGACUUCAUCCAGGCAAUCAAAAAACUUGUUUUCUUGGCCGACCUGUCGGUACUCGAAGGGCUCGAUGUGGAUGGUACAGGGGAGCUGCUUGACGGGAGGAGCGAACAGGUUAAAAAUUUUAUAGUAGGUCUCCUCUACUUCCGCUACUUUAGGGGAGAUGGGUGGUGGGGAUGGGACAAUGAGCAUUGAAUUGAUUUCUUGAUUCAUGUUCUCAUCUUCAUCUGGCUGUCUUAUUCUGGCUGUUUCAUCUGUCCCAUUCCGGCUAACUGUCCCACUUCCCCGAGCCAUACAAUAUUCCACAGCUCCGACUUCUGUAUACGGGCCACGUAUCAGCAUCGCAACUCCCUCAGUGACGAGGGAUGGCAGCGCCAUCAGCUGGACUCCAAAGCCUCCCAUUCUGAUACUCAAGACUUCUUGUCAAAGUCGGCCCUGGUAUCCUCUGCGUGUUACGGGCUGGGGCCGAUGUGAGCCUCGGCAUCCCUCGGCCGGGAACCACUGAGCGCCUUCCUCGAUACGGAAGCUUUGGACCAGUUCGAGGCCACCUACGGCGAAAUCACCACCUGGACCCGACAAAAAGAGAGGAAAAGUAUAACUGGCCACGGAGGUUCCGUUUGCCAGUAUGUUUGCGCCGAAGUGUGUUCAAUUCAGA